AUGCCAGGAGCAACUUCCGGAAGACCUCGAGUUCGCCCUCGCAAGGCAGCCGCGCCCGCGGAAAUAGCCACCAUUGGCACCUUCACCCGCGUGUCCAAGCAUGCAGCACCCAUCGGGAAAGAGGUCAGCGACAAGAAGAUCGUCCAGACCGUCGAGAUCAGCCAGAGCAUGCCGGCCACCCCUUCCACGCGCAAGAGGAAGGCAGCCCGUUCUCCCGAGCCUGAGGAAACCGCGACAUCGCGCGCUCAGCGCCAGAUCCUGAACAUCACCAACAAAUCGGCAAAGAAAGCCCGUCACCAAGCACCAGAGCCCGUCCCUCGACCGAGCAUACAAGAGCAGAUCCCAUCGACCCCGCGCCGCAACAACAAGAAGCGCGCCUUGUCGCCCGAGAUCGAGUCCCCUCGCACCAAGGAGGCCGGCAACCUCUUCAAGCGCCUGCGCAUCCAGGCUUCACCAUCCGCAACCGUCCCUCGGCUGUCCUCGCCCUUGAUCACCCAGGCUAGCACGCCCGCGACGUCCGUUGUCCCAGACACGGAAGAGGAGAAGAGCGACGAUGAGUCCGCCGCCACCACGCCCGAGCCUGAGCAAGCCCUCCCACAGGAGCUCCUCGACAUCGUCUCCCUCUACACGGCCUUCCUCAAGACCAUCGUGGUGCACUACGCGCACAACGGCACCGACACGCCCGUCGACCUCCGCCAGAUCAGCCAGCCUGUCAGCCUGGCGUGGGGCAAGAGGCGCAUUUCCCUGGCGGAUAUUCGCCGGUGCGUCGGCAUCAUGGACGUCGAGUCUAGCACUGUCAGGUCGCCUUUCUACCUGGUCGACUACGGAAAUAAGAAGAUCUGCAUCGAGCUACGGGACGGACAUCACGGGCGGCCGCUGGACGAGGGGAGCCUGGUGCGCGUGUUUGAGAACAACCUGCGGACGGUCUGGACGAAGCUCAGAGACUCGGCGGAGGCUGACAUGAACAAAUUUGUCCUGGGCCUACCCAAAAGCCCUGUCACGAGCUGCGAGGCCCUGACCAAAGCUUCCUCCAUACUGGCCAAGGGACAGCGCAACAUGCAGGAGCUGAAGGCCGGCAUCGCGGCUAGGAAGGAGGAGAAGGAGGCUAGCAAGACGCCUGCCGUUCUGCAGUCCACUGAGGGCGAGGGCACGUCUGCCGCCCCGCAGCUGUCUCUCAUCGACCGGCUCCGCCUCAAGGAAUCUCAACUCGCUCAGCUCGCGGCUACGGGGCCCUCCGCUGCCGAGCUCGAGCGCCGCGCCGCACUGCAGCGAGCCGACGACGUCGCAGCCGUGGUUGCCAUGCUUGCCAAGGCAUCGGGCGGCUCAGGCAUGGGCGGGCGGGUGUCCUUUAGGAUGGUGACGCUGCUGCAGAAGCUGAAGGACUCGCUGAGGCUGCCCAUCUCGAAGGAGGAAGGCGCGGCUUGCAUCCGGCUCCUUGCGAGCGAGGUGGCGCCUGAGUGGCUGAAGAUUGUUGUCAUCGCCGGCAAGGAGAACGUCGUGGUGCAGAUGGGACGGACGCCGAGCUCUGGGGAGGUGGUGGAGAGGGUUAAGAUGUUGUCUGGUUGA